GCAGGCGGACUCUCAACCACUGCGUCACCAGGGAAGCCCUGGAGGCUGCAUUUUUAACCUUCAGUAUUCCUUGAGAGCAGCUGAAAGGCUGAUCAUCACAGCUUGGGGGAGGGCAAAACCCUGGAUUGAGGCAGCCGGCUUGGGAAGGUUCUGUGAGUUUCCUUUUCCCCAGACAUGAGUUUCGGUUUCAGUCUCCGGGCAUAGGAGUUCCUCAUUCUCUUCUGCCUCCAGCUCUGCCAUUAGCUGUCAUCUCAGCAGCCAGCCAGAGCAAUGGGAAACUGGGAGUCCCAUCUCUACGAACGGCCUGCCCAGAAACUGGGUGAGUUUACCCAGGACAACCUGAGGCCCUUUGAAGACUGUCAGAAACAGAUCGACCAGACCGUGGACACCAUCUGUGCAGUCCUGCAGGAAGCUGAGCAGCUCCCCCUGGUGACCGGCGUGGCCGAAAGUGGCUCCUAUGGCCGGAGAACGGUCUUGAGGGGCAACUCCGAUGGUACCCUCGUCAUCUUCAUCGGUGGCCUUGAAAAAUUCCAGGAUCAGAAAAAAAGCCAACAUGACCUCCUCAGCAAAAUCUGGGCACAGUUGAAACGCUGUGAGCUCACGAUGAAGCUGGCAGCCAAGAUGGAGAUCCAGAGCAUCAGUGGCAACCUCACCAUCCAGCUGUCCACAGAACAGCAGAGCAUCACUUUCGAGAUGCUGCCCGCCUUCAACGCUCUGGGCUUAAGUGAGAAGCCCAGCCUCUGCACCUAUCGAGAGCUCAAAAGAUCCUUGGAUAUGGUGAAAGCCAGCCCCGGUGAGUUCUCGAUCUGCUUCACUGAACUCCAGGAGAAGUUUUUUAGCAACCAUCCCAGCAAGCUGAAGGAUUUGAUCCUCUUGGUAAAGUACUGGUGUCAAAAGUGCCAGGAAAAGCUGAAGGAUUCAUCCCUGCUGCCCCUGUAUGCGCUGGAGCUGCUUACGGUCUAUGCCUGGGAACAGGGGUGUGGAGCAGAAGACUUUGACAUAAGAGGCAUCAGGACUGUUCUGGAGCUUAUCAGGAAGCAGGAACAGCUAUGUGUCUACUGGACAGUCAACUACAACUUUGAGGAUAAGACUGUCCGCAACAUCCUGCUGGGCCACCUCCGAUCCCCGAGGCCAGUAAUCUUGGAUCCAACUGACCCAACCAGUAAUGUGAGCGAAGAUAACACCUGCUGGCAGCUGCUAAAACAAGAAGCUCAAACCUGGUUAUCUUCUCUCAGGCUGAACGAGUCACCUGGACUGUCCUGGAAUGUUCUGACUGCACUGCUCUACAUGACCCCAGGCCGUCUUCUAGACAAGUUCAUCAAGGACCUUCUCCAGCCCAACAGGACUUUCCUAGAUCAGAUCAAGAAAGCUGUUGACAUCAUCUGUAAGUUUCUUAAGGAAAAUUGCUUUCGACAUUCAACUACAAAGUGUCAGAAGAUUGUCAAGGGGUCAACCGCCAAAGGCACGGCUCUGAAGAGCGGCUCCGAUGCCGACCUUGUUGUGUUCGCGGACCCGCUGAAAAGCUACACCUCCCAGAAAAACGACAGAUGCAACAUCAUCAAGGAAAUCCAUAAGCAACCGGAAGCCUGUCAGCGGGAGAAGGAUUUUGAAGUGAAGUUUGAGAUUUCAAAAUGGAAGGCUCCCCGGGUGCUGAGCUUAACUCUGAAAUCCAAAGUCCUCAACGAAAGUGUUGACUUUGAUGUGCUGCCUGCAUUUAAUGCCCUAGGUGAACUGAAGUCUGACUCUACACCCAGCCCCAGGAUCUAUGCUGACCUCAUCUAUUUGCAUAAAUCCUCAGACGCCCUGGGGAGAGAAUUUUCUACCUGUUUCACGGAGCUACAGUGCAAUUUCGUUUGCUCCCGACACACCAAACUGAAGGAUUUGAUUUGCCACUGGUACAAAUGGUGUGGAAGCAAACUGAAGCAAAAGGGGUCUCUGCCCCCCAAAUAUGCCUUGGACCUGCUUACCAUCUACGCCUGGGAGCAGGGGAGCGGGGCGCAGGAUUUUGACACGGCUGAAGGUUUCCGGACGGUCCUGGAGUUGGUCACAAACUAGCAGCAUCUCUGUGUCUUGUGGAUGGUCAGCUACAACUUUGAUGAUGAGAUUGUGAGGCGCUUCCUCCCGACCCAGAUCCAGAGAACCGGGCCUGUGAUCUUGGACCCAGCCGAUCCUACUGGCGACGUGGGUGGAGGGGACCAUUGGUGUUGGCAUCUUCUAGCAGAAGAAGCUACUGAAUGGCUGUUGUCUCUCUGUUUCCGAGACGGGUCGGGUUGUCCCAUACAAUCGUGGAACGUGCCAGUAAGAAUCAUCUAAAGGAAGUGGCAGUCACCAGGAAGCUGGGGAGCAGGGACACAUUCUAUUGUCAGUGAGAUGCACUUAUUCAGGAGGUGUAGAUUCCUGGAAUAAUAAUGCUGGAAGAAACUUCUAGAGACCACCAGGCAACUGCUUUUUUUUUUUAUGGUUAAUAAACUACAAAAUUUACAAACCCAAGCCUGAA